GGGCCCUUUCGCAGUACAUGAAUCUGCACGUGCGUGCUAUGGCGCUUCCGAAUGUCCACUUCAACGACUACCAGUCUAUUACCGUGGCAUACAAAUACGACGGCGAGUGGGCUGGCAAUCAUUUUGGGCAAGUCUGGGACAAGCUGCAGCGGCACCCCGAAUACACACCCGAGUUCCCUCUGUUAGUGGGACAGGCUCCUCUCGAGGCCUAUACGGUACUAGUCCAAGGCGUUCCGGAUGCUCGAUGAUACAAGCUACAAAGUGAAUAGU